GACCUAGGGGCAGUCAAGAGGGAUGGAGGCCAGCUUUGUGGGGAAAAUGACUGGAGAAGAAGGACAAAAUUAAGAUUUUGAAAAGGGAGUGAUACCACCAAAAAUGAAGAAAGUUGCAGUAGAUUGACUCAAAUGGAGAAUCCUUAAGGAUUCUAUACACUUAAAAUUCAUUAGGCUCUAGAAUUCAAGAUAGGCCCAAUCGGCUUGUGUCGCUCUCCAAUAGCUAUCAGACAUAGGACAAUCUGGUGAGCUUAAACAGAGAUGGAAUAUCUAAGGAAUCAGGCCCAAACCAUGAAUUACGUUGGACAGUUAGCAGGCCAAGUCUUUGUGACCGUGAAAGAUUUCUAUAAAGGAUUAAAUCCUGCCACGUUAUCCGGAUGCAUUGAUGUCAUUGUUGUCCGCCAACCAGAUGGAAAUCUCCAGUGUUCCCCAUUCCACGUGCGCUUUGGGAAAAUGGGAGUUCUGCGUUCAAAGGAAAAAGUGGUUGAUAUAGAAAUUAAUGGAGAACCUGUGGAUUUGCACAUGAAAUUAGGAGACAAUGGAGAAGCAUUUUUUGUAGAGGAAACAGAGGAUGAUCAGGCGGCCAUUCCACACCACCUGGCUACCUCGCCCAUUCUGUCAGAUGGAGCAGCUUUCAUGGAGUUGCAGAUGAAGAGGAACUCGAUAGAUAGGAUUAGGAGCAUGGAUGUGAGCAGCUCCUCCCAGCUGCCAAACUCUGCCUCUCCAUCUACUAAUGAAUCUACCAUGGGGAACUCUGUGAAGAAAAGGAGGAAGAGGAGAAGGAAAUCUACCCACAAAAUAGACAUGUCCAAAAGAGAUGAAAAUACCGAUACUACUGAAGAUGAAAACGUGUUCUCAAUAGAAAUGAGUUCUGAUGAAGAAAAUGAGCUUCUAGACAAUACCAGAACAUCUGUUGCUGAUCUAUGCAGGGACGACAUGCUUGAGGCAAAUUCCUCUUCAAUUGGAGUACUCUCUCACCCUCAUUCUGACGGAGAAUGGUCACCCACACAAAGUAAACCUAGAACUUGUGCAGGGAAGUCCUCUUAUCUUACUGUUCCAGCAGAUGGAGGCUUAUCUAGUUCUUGUCCCUACAAGUCUUCUCACUAUCGUGCUACAGACAGUCCUUCAGGAUCACGGCCAGCCACUCCGAAAAGUGAUUCAGAACUAGUCAGCAAGCCCACAGAAAGGAGUAUCCAGAAGAAUAAUCCACAGAUGCAUUGGGAUUGGGGAGAGCUACCUCAAGCUGCAAAGACUGCUGUUCCCCUGAAGCCAAAAGAAUCCAGCAGCAACACAGUGAAUGUGAAUCUUUCUGAAAGCACUCACUUCCGAGUCAUUCAGGGGAAUGAUUCAGAAGAGAUUCCAGGCACGUCGGCCUUACCUGUCCUGGGACAGGAUCACACGGUGAUAACUCUGGAAGACAUGGAGCCCGAGAGAGUCGUACCUGAGAUCAACGAGCCAGAGGUAGACACUUUAGGGGCAGCGGCACCUCCACACCCUGCCAUGGAAGAUGUAAAACAGGCUUUGGCUUGCCUGGCACAGCCAGUGAGCAAAACAGAUUCUCCCUCCAAGAAAAAAGAUAAGCGAAGCCGACAUCUUGGUGCUGAUGGUGUGUAUUUAGACGACCUCACAGACAUGGAGCCGGAGGUUGCUGCACUCUAUUUCCCUAAAAAUGGUGAUCACACUACCCACUUGAAGAACGCAUGUGAACAUGGGCACCGCUCAGCUAAUCAGUCCCCUCAGUCAGUCGGAAGCUCAGGCGUCGAUAGCGGCGUAGAGAGCACCUCGGAUGGAAUAAGGGACUUGCCCUCCAUUGCCAUUUCGCUCUGCGGGGGAUUGAGUGACAGCAAAGAGAUAUCGAAAGAGAGGUUUUUAGAACAAGAGGUCACAUAUCAGCAAUUUGUGGACAAUCCAGCUAUCAUUGAUGACCCUAACCUUGUGGUGAAGAUUGGAAGCAAGUACUACAACUGGACAACGGCAGCCCCCCUCCUGCUAGCGAUGCAAGCCUUCCAAAAACCCUUGCCAAAGGCUACUGUGGAUUCUAUAAUGAGGGAUAAGAUGCCCAAAAAAGGCGGAAGAUGGUGGUUUUCAUGGCGGGGGAGGAAUAGCUCUAUCAAGGAGGAAACAAAACCCAUACAAGGUCUGAGUGGGAAAGAAGAGUCGGACAUUGCAAACAGAAUCAAAGACGAGUCUUCUUCAAGUGACGAAGACCCUAGAACGACAAACCAAGCCUUUGGAUCUUUACCUGCAAACUCCAAUCACCUUCCGCUGUUGUCUUCAGUCAGUUACAAAAAGAGUCUUCGACUCAGUUCUGAGCAGCUGAAAAGUCUAAACUUAAAGAGUGGUCCCAAUGAUGUGAUUUUUAGCGUUACGACCCAGUAUCAAGGAACAUGUCGCUGUGAAGGCACCAUCUAUUUAUGGAACUGGGAUGACAGAGUCAUUAUUUCUGACAUUGAUGGCACAAUCACGAGGUCAGAUACUUUAGGUCAUAUUUUGCCCACUCUUGGUAAGGACUGGACACAUCAAGGCAUUGCCAAACUGUACCAUAAAGUGAGCCAGUAAGUAUUUUAGCUUAUUUGCCUUGUGAAUCCAGAGUUUUCUAAGAAUAAUUGUGUCUAGUGCAUCUGCGAGAAAAGAAUGGUUUUGUAUGGAAAAACAAAUUCUCCCGAUCAGUCUAAGCAAACAAAAACUACUCCUGAAUCCCUAA